AUGGCGCGUGGUCGCCCUUCUCGAGCUGCAGCGCGUCGCAGUACGCCUGUUCGCAGCGCAACACCUCAGCAGGACAGUGACGAGGAAAUGGUAGAUGCUCCAGAAUCGCGCGCCGACACACCCAAGGAAGAGGAAGAAGAUGCCGACUCAGCAGUUCAAGGAAGCGACGAGGAAGCGGCACCCUCUGAGCGCUCGCCCUCUCCAGCAGUCAUCCAGCCAUUUCCCCGCAAGAAGCGUCUUGGUCGCCCUCCUAAGAACAGACCACCAGACUGGAACGUUGUCGAACCCGACAACUCUGAAAGCGGUACACCCGUUAAGCGCAAGCGGGGACGGCCGUCAGGCGGAGGUCGAGGACGGCCACCAAAAGGAGGGCCAUCGCACACGACGCGCGUCCCCAUUGACAAGGAGGGCAACAUGAUGGAUGUAGUCAAUGAUGAGGUCGACUUACCGGAAGACGAGGAAGGCGAGCAGAAGGUCGACAAACUCGGCAACCUUAUGGGCGGACGAGACUACCGUGUGCGCAUAUUCACUAUCAAGGGCAGAGGCGACAGACAGUACAUGCUGUCGACAGAACCAGCCCGUUGUUGUGGAUUCAGGGAUAGUUAUCUGUUCUUCACAAAACACAUGAAGCUCUACAAAAUCAUCAUCGACGAUACCGAGAAGAGGGACUUGAUCGACCGCGACAUCAUCCCACACUCAUACAAGGGUCGUGCUAUUGGUGUCGUCACAGCCAGAUCCGUCUUCCGUGAGUUUGGCGCACGCAUCAUCAUCGGAGGUAAGAGGAUCAUCGACGAUUACUAUGUUACUGCAGCAAAGGAAAGCGGCGCAGUCGAAGGGGAAAUUGCAGACCCCAACGACAGGCUACCGCCUCCUGGGGAGCCAUACAACAAGAACCAAUACGUCGCUUGGCAUGGUGCCAGUAGUGUGUACCAUACUGGUGUGCCUAGUGUGCCAACCGCUAAUGGCAAGCCUGUGCCUGGGAAGCGGAAGGUCAACAUAACCUCUGCUAACUGGCAGUUCGAGCAUGGACGAGCUGCAAGUCGAUUCAACUCAAACCUCUCUAAGCUACGGAAAGCAAACCUCACUGGUGUCUACGAUCCACACACCAACCUGAUGUGCUAUCCAAAGGUCACACAACCUACACAUGCACGAUGGGAAGAGGUCUCAGCCGAAGAAACCGACGUGCCUCCGCUGGUCCGUCGCAAAUACCUCGUGGUCGACUCUGUUUUCCAACAGCCUCCUUUCGCCGGGCUAGGUAUACCCGGACCCGACGGUGACUUCGUUGAUGUUGGCACCAAUGGCCUACCAGUCUUGGACGACGAAGACAGGCUAAAAAUGAAGCCCGAAGAACUUGAAGCUCUUGAGCAGGUCAAGGCUGAGGAACAAGAGUGGCGUAGUCAAUGGGGUGGGGAGAGCACUGAUGGUGCAAGAGUGAGACCGAAGAUAGGCUUUGUGGGCGUCCCGGUUUGA